CUGCAAGCAGAUCUCUUGAGUUCUAUUGUGAGAAAGAAGGCUAUUUAUCAGCUACGAUAUUGAUUACUUAGGUCAAGAAGAUGCUCGAAAGCAACACGGCACGUGCCAUUCUCAUGGCCGCAGCAGUGCUAAUUGGAUUCUCAACUCCUCCCCAUUUGAUAGAAAAUACACUGUCCAACUGCUUCUUAGGCUCAGGCACAGUCCUGAAGAAUGAAUUGCAGAAUGAGUUGCAGUCUCUUGGAGGAAGUGAUUUUACCCUCUCUUUAGAAUGGGCCUUGUUCAACCCAAGGCAAGGACUUUGCUUGAAAGAAAUUGACGUAUUGCAAACUGCUGGGGAGAACCUUGUUUCGAACGACUCUUCACCACUGAGCGAUGAAAACUCUCACGUUGAUGCAAACACCUCUCUGGAUUUUAAGCAUUUUAACUCAUUUCUCCUCUCAUCAACUCUGGACAUUGAUUACUCGAAAACCCAAGCGUUUGACUACACGACCAUCGUGUAUGAAGUUGGUCUGGAAUUGGAAACUGUCAGCCUUAUAUCAGAAUCGGAAUUUGACAAAACGGAAUUUGACAGAACGGCCUCUGACUUGCGCUUGCAUCACUAUCGAUCAACACUGUUCUAUGGAGAUCUUCUCAACUCCUACUGGAAUGAAUGGACCUACCACAUGGGACCAAAUCUUGGCUUGACAUGUGUGACUGUAAUGUAUGGGUGUGUGCUUUGCACUGCCCUGUACCACCUCUGGGCACGGACUACCACAAGCAAGGCAUUGGCAUUGAAAUUCCAGUCCCUAUACGGUAUUAAUCUCAACAGUGAGUCCCAACUCUCUAUUCUGACAUUGGAGAGGGAUACUCUACUUACGAAGCUCUUAGAGGCAACCACACACGCAGACUCACUCCAGGAUCUUCUCAACUCUCUGUCCAAGGAGCUCCACGACAUUACCAAACAUAAUGCUCACCUCAAGCUUGAACUAGCUGAAAAGAAUGAUGACCUGAAGCAAAUCAAACUAAUGAAGUCGAUGUCUUACAAAAGAUUGAAAAUGUCAGAAGAUAAGUUUAAGCUCGAACGGGCUCAAUGGACAAAAACAAAAGAAUCAUUGGUGUCCGAAUAUGAAAAGCUUGUAGAGAAGUGUAUUGCUGACAUGGAGGCUGAGAUGACUAACGUCAAAAUGGAAUUGGAGGAUUCUAAACGACAGGAGACUGAUACCAAGAACUUGGUUAUGUUGGCAGAGGAGCACAUGGAGAGAAAAAGGAAAGAAUGGCUGAACAUUGAAAAACAAAUGAUGGCAAACCGCACGUUGCUUAUCGAGGAUCGCAAUUAUAUCGAGGCUGAGUUAUUGAACACGAAGAAAGCAUUGGAGCGAUCAGAGCUGCUUGAAUUUGAGGCACAGACAACGUUGAUUUUGGAUGAAGAGAGUCUGGAACAGGAAAGAAGUGACUGGAAGGAGACAAAGGAGGCGCUACUGAAAAAGAACACUGAGCUUGCUGACAAAUAUACUGCUUUGGAGACUGAACUACUGGACGCAAAGAAAGCAUUGGAACGAUCAGAAAUACACAAGUUUGAAGGCCAACAAAAGUUGGCACUGGCUGAGGAGCACAUGAACAGGGAGAGUGAGGCGAUGAAAGAGCUCUUGACAUUGGAGUGCACUAAGUUCGAGAAGAAAAACAGCGCACAAAAGACUGAGCUACAGAGCGUUCAGAAACAGCUAGAGAAAAGUAAAUGUCUUGAGAUUGAGGUGCAGGCCAAGCUAAGGUCAACUGAGGAGGCACUAAAGAGAAAAGAGAGAUCUCUUCAGGCAUUGAAAAGGGUAGAAGCUACUGAAGAGAAGCAGCUUAAAUUGGCCAGGGAAGAGAUUGCACUACUAAAGAGAAGGCGCAGUGCAGUACCACCACGUUCCCCCCGCUCCGCUCACAAAGUGGUUAGUGGACGUGUUGAUGCUGUGGACAGUGGUAUAUCGAGUGAACCUGACCUCUCGUCACACGGUGCCCUAGCUGGCUAGCUUGUAAUAAUCACAUAACUGGAUUAUUGGACAAUGGCUAUGCAUUCAUGACUGUAUUAUAGUUAUAGUUGAUCGUUACAAUGUAUUUUGUGCUAAAAAAUGAAUAAAAUUUUUAAACC